GACUCGUGUUGAACUUUUAAAUCUGACAGGUGGCAUCAAUGCAAAGCAAAACCAAACCAGAAAAACCUCCAAAAAGGAAAAAAAAAAAAACUGCAUUCAAGACAGAGCCGAGAACAGAUGCCCGUCAGCUGGAGAUCUGCUUAAAUGUAUCAUCAUCAGUGUAAGAAAAAGCCUACCCUGUGCUUUUGUGUCUCUGCUCCUAAUCCAUGUCUAGGUGUGUCUACCAUUGAACCAAAAGCCAAUCAGCCGUUCUUUGACAGGAGCCGAAGUGACAGCCAUCUUCAUUCCAGUCACUCAUUCGUGUCCAUCCAGCUUGAAUCUGCGCUCAUCAAGCUGUUUCAGUGCCUGGGAACAAAACUCUAAGUCUGCUGUGCUGAACUAUUAACCACGUUAGGAGGCACUCAUGAAUGUUUACUUCUGCCUGUAAGAAAACAGGCAGUAGUGUGUUUCUUUCAUUUAAUUACACAUAGAUAUACAUUCCUCUCAAUUGUUUUUAUUAACUUCACAUACAUAAUAGGAUGCUGAACUGUUUUGGAACCUUGAAAGAGCACGCAUACUUCCUGAACCCCACGAUUUGUCAGGAUUCGGCCACAAGCUUUAAUAUAUUUCAUUAUUAAUGUGAUUGAGCAACACAAAGCAGCACAUAACUGAGAGCUGUUUUAUGAAGAUUACAGAUGUUUGUUUUUUUUUAGAAAACGAAUCGCAUCGCGAAAACCAAGGAACACAGCAGACAGGCCAGAAGAAAGUCCUGGGCUGAUUUAAAACAGAGUUAAUUUAUGGAAUAAUUUCCCAAGCUUUAACCAUCUCAUGUAAAAAAAAAAAAAAAAAUUCCAAUAUAUUGCCCAAAAUUGGAAAGAGUCUGGGCACAGCUGCAAAUCUGCAGAUUAGGGAGGCAAAAACUAAAAACCCCAGAAAACUUUUAGUCCAGUUUAAGGUUUGCCACAGGCUGUACUGAACACAAAUACUCUGGCCAGUUUAGACCAAUAUCUAGUUUUUAGACCUACAUCCAAAAUACCACGUGUGCUUUCUGUCUCCACUGUGAAACAUGGUGUUGGAAAUAUCAUGCUGUGGGGAGUUUUUGUUUUCUUUUCUCCUGUUUCAGUGACAGGAAAGCUGAUCAGAGUUGAUGGGAGUUUCACUUUCAUAUCAACCUUAAACAUACUAAGAAAAAAAGAACAACAGACUCGUUUCUUUCAUUAUUGCCUCAAAUAGUUAAAGUCCAUAUCUAAAUCCAACUGAGAAACUUUCAGCCUGAGCUGUUUUGUGAAGAAAAAGUAGCAAAAAGUCCCUCGAUGUGGUGACAUAUGCUAAAAAACUGAAUAUUAGAUUUACUAAUAUAUAUCACUAUUACAACAGUAUAAUCAUUACUAUGUUUACUAUCAAAUAGCAAUGAUGGUAAUGAUUACUUGUAACCUAGCACUUAAAAUACCAAAAGAGAUGAAAGUUGAGUAUGGUGGAUAGUUCUGCAAAGUGCUGUGUAAUAAACUCACCUGUCACAUCUCAUCACGUUGAGGAAAUCACCUGGCUCUCAGCAGAGGCGGGCCUACCAUCUCCUGUCUUUCCACAUCAGUAGUUCUCCCACACAAGCUGCAGCAGAACCCCAGAAGCAAGUUCUUCUCUUAUUAUGCUGAUCCAGACUGAAGCUUUUAGAAUCAGAGCCGUUCCUCCAGCCAGAAAAAACCUCCGUCAAAGUUCCUCCACCAUGGACCGAUGCAACAACAUCUCAGUUUUGUCAUACAGAAGGUCCAAGCCCGUGGGGAAGGUGAGGCGGCGGGUUCAGGACCUUCGGAUCCCCUCGUCCUCUUAUCAUUGUGCCCACACGGCCAGCGGAACCAAGCCGGACCUGAGUCACAACGAGAGCGCUCGGUUAGCGGCCGACUGUCUGCUCUCCCAGGGCCUGGACGGAUACCGCCAGGUGCUGCAGGCGGAGGGGGAGGUGGACUUCCUGUCAGAGCUGGAGAAGCUGUACAUCCUACAAAACGGGAGAGAUGCAAACUCAGAUUAUGCAGGUGAAAUAGAUGCCAUGGACAAGGAGUUUGUCAACCUAUUUGCCCAUUGUGAGUCCCAAACGAGCAGCGACUCCGCAGUGGAGUGUUUGGACCAGAAGAUGGAUAAAGCCCUGGAUCCCAGCCCUGAGGUGUUUCUCCAGUCUGACAGGACAGCAGCUGCCAUGAAAGAUCUGGUCAGACAGUUCCUCAGAAAGACUAAAAUGGCCCUGGCUAUGGUGAUGGACACCUUCAGUGACCCGGAGCUGCUGUGUGAUCUUCUUGAGGCGAGCAGGAAGAGAAACGUGUCUGUUCACCUCCUGCUGGACCACCUUAACCUGGAGGGGUUUGUCAGCAUGUGGCAGGAACUCAAACUCGUCAGCAGAAACUUCCCGAAGGUGUCGGUGCGAAGCGUCCCAGGUCAGACCUACAGCGCAAAGACGGGCAGGAAGCUGACAGGUCAGAUAGCGGAGAGUUUUAUCAUCGCUGACUGGGAUGAGGUGCUGACUGGUACAUACAGUUUCACAUGGCUGUCCAGUAUGGUCCAUCAGAGUCUUCUGGUUCUCAUUAAAGGUGCCUCGGUCUCACAUUUCCAUCAGGAGUUCCUCAGACUUCACUCCAGCUCCCAGCCGGUCCCUGGCUUUGUCACUUUCAUCUCUCUGCCACAGUGUCUUUGCCUUUACUCCCGAUCUCAUGAGCAUCCAGACAGCUGUAACUGGAAACCCCACAAGACUGUGACAGCAGCAUGUUCACAUGGAGAGAUUAGUCUACAGCCUCCUCAAAGCGGUAAGCAGCCCAGAGAGAAAAUACCUCCACAUCUGCCUCUGAAGCCUUCGGCUCAAACAGCAGCAGAGAGUGGAACAGGAGCCAAGGUCGAGCUGCAGAAUCAGAGCCAGAUUCGCGGUCACCCACAUCUCCCCGAUCAGACCUUCUCAGAAGUUCGGCUUCACAGCACCACUGUGAAGAAGAACGGCGAGGUCGAAGAGCCACGCAAUCUGAACGAUCUGUCCCUAACACACGGGCGGCAAAAUGUUCACCGUCAGUCAGGCUUAAAGAAGCAAAACAGCCUCGCUCUCCCAGAUAGGAGCAGUGAAAGAGUUUUCUCUCAGCAAAGGAACAGAAACUCGUCUGCAGGUUUCAUCCAAACACAAAGAGACCAACUGGAUUCCUCACGAAUCGCUCACGCAACGGUGGAACUUCAAUGUGAUCAACCUCAACUCCUCUCACCUCCGUCGUCACAGAAAACACGACCAAAUCUCAGCCGUCAGGUCUCUUUCAGGAGCUCCGGGGAGUACAUACCCAGUCUCCAACCCAACGCCUUCAGAGGAACCAGCAAGCAGGAAGGGCUCAUGGAGCGACACCAUGGCCGUCUGAACUCAUCCUCUCACACAGUGACCUCCUGCUUUAGACCAGCACCGGCAGGAACAGGAACCGCUCUCGGUCCUCAGCAGCAGACGGAGUCCAAGAGGUUCCUGUCAGGCGUACGAGCCACAAUGCAACUGCAUCCCGUCAGACUGCACCGGAGCCCACAGAAGGCAGCGGGACCCGGAGCGGUGGCUCGCUACAACUCCUUCAGCGGUGCACAUGGCAUGGGGCAGGCAGGCUGGAGAACCCUGCAGAGCAGCAGCAGCAGCACGUCGCUGCGAAGGAGCCUGAGCCUGACGGAGAGAAGCCCAGCAGGAUACAGAGGAGCAGGACGUCACCCUGUAUGAAUGCAUCCACAGUUUUAAUGAAAAGCCUAUGGAGCAACAGAGCUCCACUGGACUGAGAGAUUCAGUCAGCGAACAAGAAGCAGACCAAAAACAAAGCAAUGCAGAGAUUUGAAAUCAAAGAAAAAUUGAACGUAAUUUCCAAAACGUAAUAAAAUAAAAAACGUAAAAAAAU